AUAAACUUAUUUUACGAAGUAGUACUGUUGCAUUACAACUCUAAUGAGAACAGAAUUACUUAUCCCCAUGAAAUUGGAAAGUAAUAUAAUUAAUUAACCCGAACUCCUUAUAAAGCAAUCAUGGAUCAGAUGAGUGAGUGAAAAAUCUCAGAAAAUACUUAACAAUGUCAGAGGAGUUGCAUGUUGAUAUUAUGUUCGACAUCUUAACUCUCUUGCCAAUCAAAUCUAUUCUACGCUUCAGAUGUUUGUCCAAAUACUAUUGUGGUUUGAUCGACGGUCCAGACUUCAUCAACUACCAUCUCAAUCUCACCAAAUCCAAAUCUAAUGGCCUUCUUAUUUUCAAUGAAGUCCACCAAGAUGGUUCAAUAUACCAGCUUGAUCUAGACUCCAGAUUUAGGCGUACGCUUAAAUUAGAGAUGCAACGUGUGCCUUUUCUGAAGCACAGCUGUGAUUCCAAUGUGUUAUAUGGUGAUAUGUUUGGAUCCUGUAACGGGUUGGUUGCUAUGUACAAUCAUCAAGGCAUCACUUUGUGGAACCCGUCGACCAAGAGUCAACAGCUUGUACGUAAAUUUUGGACGGGCGAUAUUCGGUUUGAUGGAUUCGGGUAUGAUGCUGCAGCGAAUGAUUACAAGGUGGUCAUAAUCACGAAAGAAGAUAGCGAAACCCUGUUUCGGGUUAUGAUAUAUAGUUUAAAAGAUAAUUCGUCAACAAGGAUUCAAGAUCUCGAAACCCCGUCUCCUAACUAUGAUAAAUAUUAUAAUAAUUUAAUGUCUGUUUUUGUUGGUUCCUCCUUGCAUUGGGUAGUUAUUCCACGCGAAGAACCGAUGAGUGUUUACCACAAUAUAUUACUCGCGUUUGACCUCAGGAACCGACAGUUCAACGAGGUGCUACAGCCUACGAUCGCAGAUGAAGGUAUCAAAUUUAUGAAUAUGGUGGUAGAACUUAAGGGAUGCCUUUGUACAAGCUAUGCCUAUAAUAACCGUGCUGAUAUUUGGAUUAUGAAGGAAUAUGGAGUGAGAGAGUCUUGGACUAAAUUAUUUUCCAUGGGAUAUAAUGUUUAUAUGGAAUUGAAACCUUUAUUGUACGUAAAGAGUGACAGAAUUUUAGUAGAAGCGGUGCAAGGAAUUACUCAUAGCUGGUUGGAUCCAACAAGUCAUACUACUGAAAUUCUUUAUCCUUUCGGCAAAUCAGGACGAAGGCAUAGGGUCGGGAUUUUAUGUGCGAGAAGCCUUGUUCCACUUCCACAUAAAAUUCAUGCAGGGAACUACUAUUGGUAUUCUGUGUUGUUUUAGUUAAUUUUUAUUAUAAUUAGUUUGUAAGGCGACGCGCAUGCUAUUCUAAAAAGCUUUAAUUACUAUUAAAAAAACAACACUAAGAAUAUAUUUAUUGUCAAGAAUUUCAGUAUGUAGUAACAAAAAACUGCCUAUGCUCUAAGGUCUCUGUCAUUCAUAUACAAAGAUUUUAAAUUUGCAGCCAGUAAU